UUUUUUUUUUUUUUUUUUCUAUUCUUAAAUAUAAGUAGUAGUCUUUAGCAAAUGGCGACCGUGAUAUUAACAGCUGUUUAGAGAUCAAACGUAUUAAAAAUAGUUUAAAAAUAAAAGGUUUCAAAUUUUUCUGAUUUUCUUCCACACUUUUUUCGUUUUGGUGAGCUGCUUUAAUUCUGACAUUUUUUUUUGUCCCUGCCCAAAGUUGUUUCCUUUUUGACUCUUGUCAAGCAAUUUCCUAAUAGCGAUGAGUACCUUUACUGCACCCUCUGAGAGUCGUCGUCUAACAAAAAGGAAGAGACAUGUAGACGAACAAGAAGAAGAAGAGAGAAAUGUUGGAACAAUUGACCAACCCACAUCACGCGAUGCCUCUGAUGAAGAUAAUACGGACACUUCUAUUUCCGGCGUCAACAACCCUUCUUCUUUUACAACAAAGGCAGAUACCACGACAGCUGUCAAAAGGUCUCGACCCAUGAGUUCUUCCAUGAUAUCGAGCACUAGUGAUGAAGAAACAGAUAAUGCUUCAGCAACUACAGCUGUUGGCUUACCCGUUGGAAUAGAAAAGAAGUAUGGCUUUAAAAUCAAUCCUCCACCAAUUGGUAGACCCGUAAGAAUGUACUGUGAUGGUAUCUAUGAUAUGUUCCAUUUUGGUCAUGCUAAAGCACUCGAACAAGCCAAAAAAGCAUUUCCUAAUGUAUAUCUUAUGGUUGGCGUCUGUAGUGAUGCGGAAACUCAUAAACGUAAAGGUAAAACGGUCAUGAAUGAAGCCGAACGAUAUGAAUCUGUCAGACAUUGCAAAUGGGUGGACAAAGUAAUUGAAGAUGCACCAUGGUUUGUGGAUCAGGAUUUUCUUGAUCGCCAUGAAAUCGACUAUGUUGCUCACGAUGCUGAGCCUUACCAAAGUAAAGAAUCAGGUGAUGUCUACGCUUUUGUCAAAGAUCAAGGUCGCUUUUUCCCCACAGAACGCACUGACGGUAUUUCAACGUCCGACUUGAUCACGCGUAUUGUGCGAGACUAUGACGCUUACUUGCGACGAAACUUAGAAAGAGGUGUUACUGCUAAAGAGCUCAAUAUUUCAUUUUUAAAGGAAAGAAGAAUCAAAACCAAAAAAUCGAUCGACGAUUUCAAAAAGAAUAUUAAAGGAGCGAUUAAUGAUACGCUUCUGCUAUGGGAAGAUAAGAGUCAUGACUUCAUUCGUGGCUUCAAUAAAGUCUUCGGUGCCUCAACAGAAGAUAUGGUGGGUAAGAUCUGGAAAUAUCGUAAUCGUAAUAGAGGAGGAAUUACAGAUAGCGCCGAAAGUAGUAGAGCAAACAGCAGAGUCCAAUCGGAAGCGGAAGAGGAAGAUACUGAACCAGAAGAAAUGGAUCAUUUGGAAAUUAGAAACAAACCUUUGAAAAGAAUGAAGCUAAGACACGAAGAUAGACGUGAUACCUACUAAGCCAUGCCAAGAUGCUUGGUAUAAUAUUUCAUUAUUGCUCAAAUAGAUUACCAUUAUUGUCUCGUUAAAAAUUGUACACAGCCCGUCAUGCCUUAUUGACUUUUAUACUCUCUUUUACCAUAAGAGCUAUGAUUCGAAUGGAUGAUAUGGCAUUUUUCUUUCUAGUAAAUACGCAGUAUGU